GGCGCGCGGCGACAGCGACGUCAAUCAAGGACCAACAGUGCGCCUCAUCGAUCUCUCCCUCUCUCUCCGCCGUAUAUAGCUGUAGACCGAUAUGAUGGAACCAUGUAGCAGCUUAGCUCUCGCCGCCGACCCCGGCGGGGGUCGCCGAUCGUCGUCUUCUCCCUUAUUAGCUUCUCAUCCUGCUCCUGCAUCGUACGUACACAUCGGUCGAUCACUCGAGAUCCGAUAGAUCACACCGACGGCGUACGUCGGCCGAGCUAGCUAUAGGUAGCCAUAGGUACCAAGCUAUUGAUAGCCAGCCUCACGCCCGGCCUCCUCUCUACUAGCUUCUCCGUCCUCAAUCUCGGCCCCGGCCCCGGCCCGGUAGUACUAGACUAGUACCAGCACCACCCUCCGAUCUCCGUCGUCCGGCCCUUUGUUGUUGCUUGCUUCCCUACACUUCUUGUUUAAUUCCAUUCUCUAUAUAUCUAUGAAUCUAUAUACAUAUAAUGAUUAAAUAGUCCUGGCACCAAGCUAUAUAUAUACUCCCAUCCUUCCUACCAGCCAGAGGCCACACAAACUCAUCCGGCUACAGCAAGCAACAUCAACCAUAUAGCAGUAGUAGUAGAUGUGUGCAGUGCAGCCAAUUCCUUCUUACUCCUCGAUCUCAUCUGUCCCCUCUCUCUCUCAUCACUCCCCCCUUCUUCUCUUCUUCAGAUCAACGUGCUGCAGCCUGCAUAUAUAGGUUCAUUUGUCUCAUCCAUAUAGUUCGUCGUUCUUCGAGCUCCAAUAUACAGAUUGCAUACAAAAUUAAGUUAGGAGGAGAAGGAAUUGAAGAUACACAUAUAUAUAGGUAGCUAGACAGGAAAUAAGGCAGCAGGUAGUAGUAGCUGGAGCAGGAGAUAGCCAUGGGGCUGAGGGACAUCGAGCUGACGCUGCCGCCGGGGUUCCGGUUCUACCCCAGCGACGAGGAGCUGGUGUGCCACUACCUGCACGGCAAGGUGGCCAACGAGCGGCUCGCCGGCGCCGGUGCAGCCAUGGUGGAGGUGGAUCUGCACACCCACGAGCCGUGGGAACUCCCUGACGUUGCGAAGCUGAGCACGAACGAGUGGUACUUCUUCAGCUUCCGCGACCGCAAGUACGCGACGGGGCUGCGCACCAACCGCGCCACCAAGUCCGGCUACUGGAAGGCCACCGGUAAGGACCGCGUCAUCCACAACCCCAGGGCCGGCGGCCACCACCACCACCGCGCCAUCGUCGGCAUGCGCAAGACCCUCGUCUUCUACCGCGGCCGCGCACCCAACGGCAUCAAGACCAGCUGGGUGAUGCAUGAAUUCCGGAUGGAGAAUCCCCACACCCCGCCCAAGGAGGACUGGGUUCUGUGCAGGGUUUUCUAUAAGAAGAAGGCCGACGCCAUGGACUACGCCAUGGCCGACAGCGAGCAGGACGUCGGCAUGCAUAUGCCUCGCGGCGGCGCUGACUCGAGCAGCUAUUCGCCUCCUCCGUUCCCCGCGCUCGGCGGCAGCCACUUCCACCACCAUCAUCUGACACCGCUGACAGACCACCACGGCGGCGGCUGCCUGAACAACGAAUUCCCCGGCAUGGCGGCGCUGCUGCAGCACAACAACGGCAUGUUCGACCCUCACGUCGUCCAGCCUCACCUUCACGACAGUGUCGUCCUUGCUGGGCCGCCGGCUGCUGCAGCGGCGGCGGGGUCAACAAGGGACGGCGGCGAGCAGUGUGGCAGCGGGGUGCUCAUGGACCUAGGACUCGACGAGCACUACACCUACAACAGCUACAACAGCCUGCUGCAGAUGUGAAAGUAUAUAUGGAUAUAUCAGUGUGCUGCAAGCUAGCUAGCUGGCUGCGUUACGUUGCUAAUGACCAUGCAGCUUCGAUCUCGUCAUCUGAUUUUAUUAUUCAUCGUUCGUGAUCUCUCUGUGCAGAUCGAUUCUCUGUUUGUGCAUGUGUGCUGCACUCGUACGUGUAGUUAAUCUACAUAUCAGUAGUGCUGUCAAUUGUAGUGUUUGAUUUAAAUUGCUGGAUUGAUCGAUCAUUAUAGGCCGUGGUUGAGGGUGCUGUGACUAAUGUACAUACAUAUAUUUGUUUGUGGAUCAGUUUCAGUUGCUGGGAAAGGUUGGAACCUUUUUGUUGUUGUUUUUACAUAUCAGUAAGUAUAUGUUAUUGCCCUGUAAA